AUGGGAAAGACCAGGAACGUCGGGAAGGUCGUGCCGACCAAGUCGGCCUUCGGGGACGACUUCCGCACCAGCAAGAAAGAUAAGCGGCAGAUCAAGCACGCGACUCUGAUGUCCAAAAUCGCAAAGAGCUCCAAGACUCCGAAGAAGCGCCGUCCCUCGAAAAAAUUGGUCGCCAACCUGGAAUCUCUCGCCGAUGCCCUACCGGACGCUGCUGAGGAAUCCCACGAUGCGGCGAGUCAGGUCAAUGUCAUCAAGCAGAAGACCCUGCAGCACAAGCCCGGUGCCAUGAAACGGCGCGAAAAGCUGGAGAAGGUCGAACGAGACCGAUUCGCGAAGAAUAUGGCGCAGAUGGCAACUCUUCCUCCAGCACCAACGGGCAGUACAGGCGACGCAUCCGCAGAUCCCAAUGUCACGGCCAGUCGUUGGUCUGCGCUGCGCAACUUCAUUUCGCAGACCAUGGAACAACAGCCGGUUUUCCAGAAGAAAUGA